CGAGCCGAAGCCACACACGCACAACGCAAGAAACCGCAGGAAAAAUAAUACCAAGCCGACCAAUCAUGGCUCGCCCCCGCCUCCGGCUGCUCCUCCUCGUCGCCGCCGUCCUCCUCCUCCUCCACCCGGCCCUCUCCUCGGCGUCGGAGGGGCUGGAGGACCCCCUCAUCGAGCAGGUGGUCGGGGGCGACGCGGAGAACGAGCUGGAGCUCAACGCGGAGGCGCACUUCGCGACCUUCGUGCGGCGGUUCGGCAAGUCCUACAGGGAUGCCGACGAGCACGCGCACCGGCUCUCCGUGUUCAGGGCCAACCUCCGCCGCGCGCGCCGCCACCAGCGCCUCGACCCCUCCGCGGUGCACGGCAUCACCAAGUUCUCCGACCUCACCCCCGACGAGUUCCGGGAGCGCUUCCUCGGCCUCCGCAAGUCCCGCCGGAGCUUCCUCAAGGGGAUCUCCGGGUCGGCGCACGACGCGCCGGCCCUUCCCACCGACGGCCUCCCCACAGAGUUCGACUGGCGCGAGCACGGCGCGGUCGGCCCAGUCAAGGACCAGGGUUCGUGCGGGUCGUGCUGGUCCUUCAGUACGUCGGGGGCGCUGGAGGGUGCCAACUACCUCGCCACCGGGAAGCUGGAGGUGCUCAGCGAGCAGCAGCUGGUCGACUGCGACCACGAGUGUGACCCGUCAGAACCACGCGCAUGUGACGCGGGAUGCAAUGGUGGCUUGAUGACUACAGCUUUCAGCUAUCUCGCAAAAGCUGGUGGCUUAGAAACCGAGAAGGAUUACCCGUACACUGGGAAGAACAGUGCCUGCAAGUUUGACAAAUCCAAAAUUGCUGCUCAAGUUAAGAAUUUUAGUACUGUUGCUAUUGACGAAGAUCAGAUUGCUGCUAACCUUGUGAAACAUGGCCCACUUGCAAUUGGUAUCAAUGCAGUAUUCAUGCAAACGUACAUUGGUGGUGUCUCAUGCCCAUACAUCUGCGGAAGGCAUCUUGAUCAUGGUGUUCUCCUGGUUGGCUAUGGAUCAGCUGGUUACGCACCGCUCCGCUUCAAGGAGAAACCAUACUGGAUCAUAAAGAACUCAUGGGGCGAAAACUGGGGCGAGAGCGGGUACUACAAGAUCUGCAGGGGUCCGCAUGUCAAAAACAAGUGCGGUGUCGAUUCCAUGGUCUCCACGGUUACCGCCAUCCAUACCUCUAAGAAGGAAUAAGAUCUUCUAGUACUCUCGGUCUGGAUUGCCUAUAGACAUGCUUGUGUGCCAGGACUAGGUAUUCCAUGAUGGUUAUUCCAGUAUUGCUUUGCAAUUUGUAACCAGUAAAUAUGUGAAACUUCUCUUGAUUGCUGUAAUGUAUCUCUGGGUUGCUAUGUAUUGCUACGCAGUUCUUGGAACAUGGUAGCAGAUAUUUGUUGCCAUCAUUAAUGUAUAUAAUCUGGUGUUCUGGUUGAUCAUUGAA